CCUCUUCUUCAUCACAGCAUCUCCUCCUCCUCUACAGCUCCUCCACCAUGACGGCUCUGUGGCUCCAGUCCGUGUCCCUGCUGGUUCUGGUGCUGGUCUCUCUGCCGGGCUCCCGGGCCGCUCCGGGCCCUCAACACCUGUGUGGGUCUCACCUGGUGGACGCCCUGUACCUGGUCUGUGGGGAACGAGGCUUCUUCUACAACCCCAAGAGAGACGUGAACCCCCUGAUGGGUUUCCUCCCCCCGAAGGCGGCUGGAGAAAACGAGGUGGCAGAGUUCGGCUUCAAGGACCAGAUGGAGCUGAUGGUGAAGCGCGGCAUCGUGGAGCAGUGCUGCCACCAGCCCUGCAACAUCUUCGACCUGCAGAACUACUGCAACUGAACCACUCUGUGUAGCCUAGCUUAGCAUCUCAGCUAACUCUCUGAAACCUAACCACCCCCUACCCCCACCCCCCGAAAAGGAUGAAAUUAUUUUUCCUAGAAAAUAAAGUUUUGUGAAUUA